AUGCCUACGAUUGAUCGCGCAUAUCAACUAGCAAUUCAAGAUGAGCGUGUACGCCUAGCGAAAGUCAUUCUCGAAGAGAAAGCACCAGAGGCAGUGGGAUUUGCUCUCAAGGCAAAUUCGGGUAUGAGCCGUGGGCGUGGAAGCAGCAGCAGCGACAGUUCUGUUUUCUCCAAGUGUCAGAGACCCGGUCAUGAUGCCUCAAACUGUUGGAGUAAACCGGUGUGCUCCCAUUGCAAGAAGCGUGGCCGUGAAAGUAGUGGCUGCUAUGAACUCCAUGGGUACCUGGAGGGAUGGUUUGAUCGCCCCAAGACCGAUGGUGCUGGUCGUGGAAGGGGGAAUGCAAAUGGAAGGGGGCGUGGCUAUGCGAAGGCCAAUGCCGCAAGUAGCCACAACAUAGGGGCUUCGAGCAAUGCUAGUGGUGCCUCGGAGUCGACAUCUUCAAAUCAGAUUUUCACCCCUGACCAAUGGGAAGCAAUUGCGGGAUUCUUUGGUAAUGCAAAGGUCCCUGACAACAGGUUGAAUGGUAAUUUUAAUACCAAAAACUGGAUUAUUGAUACCGGCGUAACACAUCAUGUGACUGGAGAUGAGACUUGGUUAUUUGAUGUAACUGAGAUUAUGCAAAUUCCUGUUGGUCUUCCCAACGGUGGAACGGUGGUUGCAAAGAAGGAAGGGUCGAUUAGAUUGUCGACCUCCAUUACUCUUAAAAAUGUGUUAUAUGUUCCGCAAUUGAGUUGCAAUUUUCUUUCGGUUUCCCAAUUAAUUAAAGAUUUAAAUUGUGAUGUAAAUUUUAAUUCUUCUUUGUGUGUUAUACGAGACCAAACGAUGAUGCUGAUUGGAACGGGUGUUAGGCAAGAUGGACUUUAUUAUUUUAGAGAAGCGGAUUCAGUUCAACACGUUUCUGUUAAUGACCCAACCCCUUCAUUGGAGCUAUGGCACAAAAGGAUGGGGUAUCCUUUAGAAAAUGUAGUAAAGCUACUUCCUCCUGUAGUUGGUUUUAAAAGACAUCCUUCGUCUUGUGGAGAUCGCUAUUUUUUAACUAUAGUUGAUGAUUAUUCUCGUGUCGUUUGGGUUUAUUUAUUUGAUGAUAAAACAAAAGUGUUUCGUGUUUUUAUGAAUUUUAUUGCCAUGGUUGAUCAUCAAUUUUCUCAAAAUAUAAAAAUUGUGCAAAGUGAUAAUGGUACGAAAUUUAAUUGCUUACGUGAGUAUUUUUCCGCUACUGGUAUUUUAUUUCACACUUCUUGUGUUGGGACACCACAACAAAAUGGUAGAGUUGAGCGCAAACACAAACACAUCUUAAAUGUAGCCCGGGCCUUACGCUUUCAAGCUCAUUUACCGAUUUAUUUUUGGGGAGAGUGUGUUCUUGCCGCCGUACAUUAUUUAAUUAACCGUACUCCAACCCCAUUGUUACAAAAUAAAACACCCUUUGAGAUUUUAUUUGGCUAUCCUCCUUCAUAUAAUGUCAUCCGCACUUUUGGUUGCUUGUGUGUUGCUCACAAUCAGAAAACAAAGGGGGAUAAGUUUGAGAGUCGCACUCGAAAGUGUGUGUUCUUGGGGUAUCCGUUUGGCAAGAAAGGGUGGUCCUUGUAUGAUCUUGAGAAGCGAGAAUUUUUGGUGUCCCGGGACGUGAAAUUUUUUGAAAAUGUUUACCCAUUUCAUGAUGCGAAUGUGGUAAAUAUUGAGCCCGAGAGAGUUGUUCCCAUGUAUGAUGAUAGUGUAAUAAAUGAUGAUUUUGUGGAAAGUGCAAACACAGGGGUUACGGCUCCACUUAAGAACGGGCAGCCACGAGGUACAGUAGACUCCCUUGCCACGCAAGAGCAUACGCUGCAAGGGGAGGCAGCAGACUCCGCAACCUGGCCGCGGGAAGAUAGGGUGAGCCGCGACCAGGCUACGACCUCCUCUUCCACGCAAGAAAAUGUGGGGGUUGGUUCCUUCGAUGCACAGCAGCAUGACCUCCCACAACAGCCCGUACUGCCAAGGCAGCAGGGCCAGUCACCGCAGCCACUGCCAGACAGUACGGUGCAGCAAGGCAGCCAGCAGUCGGUCGCGAGUACUGCUGACUUGGGAAGGGGUUUGCGGGUUAAGACUCCUUCGGUUCUUCUACGAGAUUAUGUGACUCAUACUAUUGUUGCUGAAAGUCCAUCUACGCCUACACCAAUUUCGCAGCAUAAAUCAGGUACCCCGUAUCCUAUAGCAUACUCUAUUAAUUAUGAUAAUCUUUCUAUCAAGUAUCGUCAUUUUUUGGCAGCUAUUAUAUCGGGUAAUGAUCCGAAAUCAUACAAGGAAGCAAUGAGACAUGAUGGUUGGAGGACAUCAAUGCAAGAAGAAAUCCGAGCCUUAGAAGAUAAUGGGACUUGGAUAUUGGAGGAAUUGCCCCCUGGAAAACGUGCACUUGGUAGCCAAUAG